AUGUUGUUCAGCAUAUUGAUAUACAUAAAUUUUUUUAUCUUAUAUUCAUAUUCAAUUGUUUCACAAAUUCUUCCAUCAGUAUCAAUAUUUGAAGAAAGUCCAAUAUCAACUAUUGUUGUUGAUCUUCGUCCAAUAUUUCAAACACUUAAUGUACAUCCAAAUCAAGCAGCUUUACUUCAUAGUCAACCAAGUCAACCAUUUGAAUAUACAAAUGGAUAUAUAAGAUUAAAAUCUCGUUUAGAUCGUGAAGAUUAUGUACAAAAACGUUUAUGUAUUGGUGGAAAUAUUUAUGAAUGUAAUUUUACAUUAACAUUAACAGUUAAUCUUAAUCAAACACCUUAUAAUUAUAUAUUAUCACAACCAAUAUCAUGUCAUGAUAUAAAUGAUAUGAUACCAAAAUUUUCUCAAAUAGAAUCAAAAAUUUUUAUGGCUGAAAAUGUUCCUAUUGGACAUCGUAUACCACUUGAAAUAGCUAUUGAUUUAGAUUCAUUAUCUUAUGGAAUUGAUUAUUAUCGUUUAGAACCUAUGAAUGAUAAUGAACAAUAUCAAUUUUCAAUUGUUUAUGAUAAUCAUAGUCGAGAAUUAGAAUUAAUUGUUAAAGAAAAAUUAGAUCGUGAAAUAAAUGAAAAAUAUUUAUUUAAAUUAAUGGCUAUUGAUCGAGGACAACCACCAAAUAUUGGUAUACAAACAUUAAUAAUUGAAAUUCUUGAUAUAAAUGAUUGUCGACCUCGAUUUGAAUCAUCUAUUUAUAAUAUAACAAUAGCUGAAAAUACAAUACCAGAAUAUUUAAUUAAAAUUCAUGCUAUUGAUGAUGAUAUUGGUUCAAAUGCUGAAUUAAUAUAUAUAUUAGAAAAUAAUUAUGAUAAUCUUUUUUAUCUAAAUAAUAUAACUGGAAUAUUAAGAUUAAAUCAAGCACUUGAUUAUGAAUUACAUAAAACGUAUCAAUUAAAUGUUCAAGUACAUGAUAAUGGAAUUAAUCCAUUAAGUGAUACCUGUAUUAUUCAUAUAUAUGUACUUGAUCAAAAUGAUCAUGCACCAUCAAUACAAAUGAAAUUUAAUCCUAUAUUUGAACAUAAUCAUGAUGGAAAUAUGGCUUAUAUAAAAGAAUCUUUUGAUAUUAAUUUACCAUUAGCUUUUGUUACUGUACAUGAUCAAGAUUCAGAUGAUCGUGGAAAAGCUCAAUUAACAAUUGAACCUCAUCAUUUAUUUUAUCUUGAAAUAAUACGUUCAAAUAAUUAUGCUGUAAAAUCAAUACAUAAUUUUGAUCGUGAAACAAUGUCAUAUUAUAAAAUUGAAUUACGUGCACGUGAUUUUGGCCAACCAAGUUUACGUCGUUCUAUGACAUUUGAAUUAAAUAUAACCGAUAUAAAUGAUCAAAUACCACAUUUUAAAACAAAUUAUACAUUUGAUUUAAUUGAAAAUAAUCGUAUACCAACAAUAAUUGGUCAAAUACAUGCAUAUGAUUAUGAUCAAGGUAUAAAUGGACAAAUAACAUAUACAAUAGUACCAUCAUCAUCAUAUUUUUUUAUAACAUCAAAUGAUGGUAUUAUUUCAACAAAUACAUCAUUUGAUUAUGAAAUUCGACGUAUAUAUAAAUUUCAAGUUCGUGCACGUGAUUAUGGUCAACCAUCACUUGAAUCAUAUGUUAAUAUACAAAUAAAUAUCAUAAAUAUAAAUGAAUAUUCACCUAAAUUUGAAAAAGAUUAUUAUGAAUUUUCUAUAUAUGAAAAUCAAACAAUUAUAUAUAUUGGACAAGUUAAAGCAUAUGAUCAAGAUUAUAAAGAUUUAAUUAGUUAUACAUUAGGAAAUUAUGAAGAUUUAUUUAUAAUUGAUAAUGAUGGAAAAAUUUCAACAAAAUUUAUAUUUGAUAGAGAAUUACAAGAUGAAUAUAAAUUAACAAUUAUUGCAACAGAUAAUUCAACAUUUGGAUCAACAAUUGUAACAAUUAAAAUUUUGGAUAUUAAUGAUAAUCCUCCUAUAUUUAUAUGGCCAGAAACAAAUGAAAUUCAACAUAUACUUUCUGAUGAUCAUUCAGAACAUAUUGAUAUAGAUAAUCCUUUAGCACAAUUUAUAACUGAUAUUAUUAUACGAGAUAAUGAUCUUGAAAAUAAUACUUUAAUAAAUUUAACAAUAUCAAAUACUGAAUUUUUUUAUAUUGGUUCAAAUAAUUCUUUAUGGUUAAAAAAUUCAUCAAUAUUACCUGGUAUAUAUGAAAUAGAAGUUCAAGCAAAAAAUUUUGAAUUUGAAACAAAAAAAUUUUUAAAUAUUAUUAUUAAUGAAAGAAAUUUAUUACGAUUAAAUUUAUUUAAUAAUAUGAGUAAAACAUUUAAAAAAUUUUCAAUGUUAUUUACAAUUAUUUUAAUAUUUUUUCUAAUUAGUUUUAUUAUUUUUUUUAUUAUUUAUUAUUUAUGUAUAAGAAAAAAUGUUGAAAAAAAAUUAUAUGGUAGUCGAUUAAUUGUUAAUGAUGAAGAUAAAUCAAAACAAAAUAGUCCACAAACAAAAUCAACAACCGUUAUUUUACCAUCAAUUCAUAGUAAUGAUUAUACUAUUAUUACUAAACAAAGAAAAAAUUCACAAAUUCCAUCUGGUAAUAGUCCAUCAACAACAGAUGCUGAAUUUUCUUCAUCACUUCUUUCUUGUCCAUUUAAUGGUACAUCAUCAUCAUCAACAUCGGAUCUUGAUCGUUCACAUAAUAAUAAUAAUAAUAAUAAUAAUCAUCAUCAUCAUCAAAAUCUACCAUCAUCAACUGUAUCAGCAUUGACAACUCUUACACGAAAAUCAACACGACGUCAACCAACAAAAAAUGUUAGUUUUCAACCAACAUUAAUUAAUCCAACAAAUAAUGUUUUUAAUGAUCUUUUUCAAAAUACAUCAUCAACAUUUAGUACAUUACCAAAACAAAUAAAACAUGAUAUAUCAAUAAAACAUAUAAAUCAAAAUUCACCUAUUCUAACAGAUUUACCACGAACACAAUCAAAUGAUUUUCCAACAUUACAAACAAUUCUUAAUCAAUCAACAAAAGAUAUUCAAACAAAAUUACCACAACCACAACCACCACCAUUACUUAAUGGAAUACUUUUACUUGAUAAAAUGCUUACAAAAUCAUCAAUAACAAAUAAUGAAAAAAAAAAGCAUUCAAUAUCACCAUCAUCAUCAUCAAUUAGUAAUAGUGGAUGGUAUAAUGUCACAUCAAAUUAUCAGACACGAGCUAGUAAAGUAAAAGGUUUAUCAGCUCUUAAUCUCGAUGGUAAUCCAUUAGAUCAUCCACCAUUGGAAAUAGUUAAACAAGGUAUCAAAGCUAUUCAACAAUAUUUACGUGAUGAACAUAUUCAUCGUACAAAAUAUACAGAUCAAAAAUUUGAUUCCGAAGAUGAAAAUUAUGAUGAAGAACAACAAACUAAUAUUGUACAAGAUGUUUGGGCAUCAUCAGAUGAUGAUAAUAAUGAUCAACAACGACGAAUAUCAAGGUCUCCUCAACCUCCUACCUUUUUAUAUCGUCCAUCGUUGAUACUCCUUCGAAAAUCUAAAUCUGAAUCGGGCUACUAUAAAUCAGCUACUACAAAUCCGUUAACUACUCAUCUUCAAUCAUGUAUACAUCAUCAGAGAGUGAGUUAUUCGGAAAUGCGUAUACAUCCGUCACCAUCAUGUCGACGACGAACUAAGUCUGAUAUCAAACUACCUCGAGUAAAAACAAAGACAAUAACAAAAAAAAACAAUCAACCAACGAAAACAAUAUCAAAUGAUCCGGUGGGAGAUGCUUAUGCAGCUCGAGCACAAGAAGAACAACGACUUAUACGUUUGAAACAUCAUAAUAUAAAAAUAAAUGAAGAAUUAGAAAAAGUAAAAAGUAAAGAUUUAUUACAUGACUGGAAAGAAGAUUAUCGUUCUAAUCAACAAAAAUUACAUCGAAAACGUCUUGUUAAAGGCAAAGAUUAUCAAGAAGCAGUUGUACAAGCUCCAUUCGGUAUUGAUCCUCAUUAUAUUUCCGUUAUGGACAAAGAUCAACAGGAAAUGGUCGAAAAAGCAAUCAGAUAUGAAAGUCGACGUAAUCGUUCACCGGAAAGUGCUAUGCGCGAAGAAGAAGAAAGACGUAUACGUGAUCGACAAAUUCAAGAUCGUAUACGUGAAAUAACUGGUAAAAUACUUAAACGUCGUGGUGAAGUACGAGGAAAUGCAUAUGAAGAAAAACGUCAAGCAGAACUUGAAUUACGUGAAUUAAGAAAACUUGAAUCUGAAGUUAAACAACGUCGUACACAAAUCGAUAGUCGUUUUAAAGCAUAUACUGGCGAUGUAAAAGCUCGUAAAAAAUUAUAA